AGUUUUUCCCUUGAAAAUAUUUUCCCACAAAAACAUUUCCUUCCUACUAAAUAUUUCCAGUAAGUAUUGAAAUCUUGUUUAUUUGUUAUCACAAUCAGUCCCCUAAAAGUUGAUAUUUUGAAGGAGAGAACAAACCCCCAACCAAAGCCCUCAACACCCUCCUCUUGUAUUCACUUCCAUUCCAUCUGUUUUACUGGUUUUUCUCUAUAUACAUAUGCAUUUUGGUGCCUCUCUUUGUAUGUGGAUGCAUAUAAUUUGAACAUGGCUCUUGUUCCUAGCCACCAACUAUACCCAAGAACCACAAUACUAUCAUACCUCAGCUACACUUCAUCCACUCCCUUCAAGAAACCAAUUUUUUUUCACACCCCACAUGGUGUUUCCAAUCAAGAUUGCAUUUGUAUGAAGAACCCACCAAAAAGAUCGAAUUUUGUGGUGAAAAACAGUAGCAAAAGAUGUUAUUUAGCUACAAUAUCACCCAAUGUUCAUACCCCACAUGGUGUUUUCAAUCGAGAUUGCAAUUUUAUGAAAAACCCACAAAAAAGUUCAAUUUUUUUGGUGAAAAACAGUAGGAUAAAACUGAAUUUGGAUAAAGAUAGUGGUACUAGUGUAUUGAGUAGUUCUUGGUUAGUUAAAUGGAAUGAAGCCCCACUUGAUGUUGUCAAUCAAGAUUGUAUUUUUAUGAGAGCCCCACCAAAAAGAUCAAAUUUUGUGGUGAAAAACAGUAGCAAAAGAUGGUGUUCUGGUACAAUAUCAUCCAAUUUGAAGCCUAAAGACAGUGGUACUAGUGUAUGUAGUAGUUCUUGGUUAGGUAAAUGGAACGAAACCAGUGAUGAAAUUAAGCUGAAAAGGCCCCAAAUUGUGUUGAAUUAUAGGAAUAGUAAUGGAUAUACAUCUGGUUCUGAUUGUGAAGAAAGUAGUAGUGGUAGUACAAUGGAUAGAAUUGUUGAGAAAUUGAAGAAAUUUGGGUAUGCUGAUGAGGCUACAGAGAAGGAGCGGAAGGUAAAGAGAAAUGUUGAGAAAGGGUCUAUUGAGGAUAUGUUUUUUGUUGAAGAAGGAAUACUGCCAAAUGUAAGAGGUGGAUUUUCUGAAGAAUUCCCAUUUGGGGAUGAGAAUGUGGUUGCCAAAGAUGGUGUAGUUAGAUUUCCAUGGGAAAAGCCAAUGGUGAAGAAUGAGGAGAGUAAUUCAAUGAGUAGUAGGAGUAGGACUCAUUUGGCUGAGCUGACACUUCCUGCUUCUGAGCUCAGACGGUUGACGAAUUUGGCUCUCCGGAUAAAGAAUAAGACAAGAAUUACCGGUGCUGGUGUUACACAGCAAGUUGUAGAAACCAUUCGCGAGAAGUGGAAUACAUCCGAGGUUGUCCGGUUGAAAGUGGAAGGUGCUCCUGCACUAAAUAUGAAGAGAAUGCAUGAGAUUCUAGAGAGAAAAACUGGUGGGCUAGUAAUUUGGAGAUCUGGCACUUCUGUGGCUCUUUACCGAGGUGUCAGUUAUGAGACUCCAUCUGAGCGAAUGAAGAAGAGGAUAAUUAGAAGAGAUGAGAUUCGUCAUAAGAACUCUCCAAUAGUUGAUGACGAAGGUAAUCAAAGUCCUUCAGAAAGCAGUCUUUGCAAUGAUGUGGAUUCCCUUCAAGCAGACUCUGCAAAUACUUCUGAAGAGAACAAAAAUAUCGUUAGACAACAAGAAGUGAACUAUGAAGAUGUCGUAGACAAACUGUUGGAUGGCUUGGGGCCUAGAUAUACAGAUUGGCCAGGAUCCAAUCCACUUCCUGUAGAUGCAGAUUUACUUUCUGGUAUAGUCCCUGGUUAUCAGCCUCCUUUCAGAAUUCUUCCAUAUGGGGUGAGAUCUACUCUCGGGACAAAAGAAGCAACUGCUUUAAGAAGGCUUGCCAGAGUUCUACCUCCACAUUUUGCUUUAGGUAGAAGCAGGCAGCAUCAAGGUUUGGCAUCAGCUAUGGUUAAGCUGUGGCAAAGAAGUUCAAUUGCAAAGAUUGCUAUAAAACGUGGCGUUCAGCUUACUACAAGUGAGAGAAUGGCUGAGGAUAUUAAGAAAUUAACAGGAGGUGUGCUACUCUCUAGAAACAAGGACUUCUUGGUAUUCUACAGAGGGAAAGAUUUUUUGUCACCAGAGGUUGCAGAAGCCUUGUUGGAGAAGGAGAGAUUGGCAAAGGCCUUGCAAGAUGAAGAAGAGAAAGCUAGGCUACGAGCAUCAGUCUCACUCACAGCAGGUGUUCAAACGAUUUACUCUUCAAGGGCUGCUGGCACACUAGGAGAAACUUUGGAUGCUGAUGCUAGAUGGGGGAAAAGGCUGGAUGAUAAGGACAAGGAAAAUGUGAUGCAAGAAGCAGAAAUAUUAAGGCAUGCUAACCUGGUCAGGAAGCUCGAAAAGAAGCUUGCAUUUGCUGAAAGGAAAUUGAUGAAAGCUGAGCGUGUCUUGUCAAAGGUGGAGGAAACUUUAAAUCCGUUGGAUAGGUGUGCAGAGCCUGACAGCUUAACAGAUGAGGAGAGAUUUAUGUUUCGGAAGCUAGGACUGAGGAUGAAAGCUUUCUUACUUUUGGGUAGGCGUGGAGUUUUUGAUGGUACAGUGGAGAAUAUGCACUUGCAUUGGAAGUAUCGUGAAUUGGUCAAAAUCAUGGUAAAGGCCAAGAAUUUUGAACAAGUAUCAAAAAUUGCAUUAGCCCUUGAAGCAGAGAGUGGGGGUGUCUUGGUUUCAGUGGACAAAGUGUCCAAAGGAUAUGCUAUAAUUGUAUUCCGUGGCAAGGACUACAGUCGUCCACCUACCCUGAGGCCCAAAAAUCUUUUAACCAAAAGAAAGGCACUGGCACGUUCAAUAGAGCUUCAGAGACGCGAGGCUCUUCUGCAACAUAUUUCAACAGUUCAAACAAGAGUUCGACAGCUUACAGCUGAAAUUGAACAACUUGCUAGUGUGAAAGACUCUGGAAACGAUGAACUAUAUGAUAAGCUAGAUUCUGCUUACUCUUCUGAAGAUGAGGACAGUGAGGAGGAAGGGGAUGAGGCAUACAUGGAGGUUUAUGACAGUGAUAACGAUGUUGUCAAUCGUAGUAAUGAUUCAGAUGACACUACACAUCCAGAAAGAGAGUUGCAGUAUGUACAUCAAAAUGAAUCAGAAAAAGAGCUUGUUUGAGUAAUACUGUUCUUGAAUCUCGACACUCCGCAAGGCAUCAAAACACCCUUUCUAGGCAUGUUUGUACAACUCAGGGAAGAAGAGCUAAGAUGCAGCAGAACCGCAGUACUGGAGCAGCAGAACAUGAAAAACAAAAUAUCUGACCUUGAGAAUUUAAUCAUUGGACAGGUUCCAUGUAAUGCCUAAAACCUUACAGGUUGUGCUGUAAAUUUAAGGCUUUUAGCUCCAAAAGAAGGGCAGGUUGGGGGUAACAGCUUCAUUGAGCACUUCUGUACAUAUUUGUCAAGGAAAUAUAGCAUUCUGUACAUUUUCCCAUUCAUCCUUUUGAUAAUAAAUAGGCAAUUAUGCUAAUAUUAGUUUU